GCGGCUCCGUGCGCCAGGGCCCGGCAUGGCGCUCCCGACGGCGGCGCAGCGCUGCCCGUAGUUGACCAGUGGAGAAAUCAUCACUUUCCUGCUGUGCUGCAACAUCCUAAUCCUCCCUGGUUUUGCAAAAAACCCCAUCCUGUCGGCAUGGCUCACCUGAGAGAAUUUGCUAGCCAGCACUCCAGAGUGGAUCCUGAGGAGCUGUUCACCAAGCUGGAGCGCAUCGGCAAAGGAUCGUUUGGUGAAGUCUAUAAAGGGAUCGACAACCGCACCAAGGAAGUGGUGGCCAUCAAGAUCAUUGAUCUGGAGGAGGCUGAGGAUGAGAUUGAGGACAUUCAGCAGGAGAUCACUGUGCUCAGCCAGUGUGAUAGUCCCUACAUUACCCGGUACUAUGGCUCCUACUUGAAGGGCACCAAGCUGUGGAUAAUCAUGGAGUACCUGGGAGGAGGUUCAGCCCUGGAUUUGCUGAAGCCAGGACCACUGGAAGAGACUUAUAUAGCUACUAUCCUGAGAGAAAUCCUAAAGGGUUUGGAUUAUUUACAUUCAGAGAGGAAGAUCCACAGAGACAUCAAAGCUGCCAACGUGCUGCUCUCGGAACAAGGAGAUGUGAAACUGGCUGACUUUGGGGUAGCUGGACAGUUGACAGACACCCAAAUCAAGAGAAACACCUUUGUGGGGACUCCAUUCUGGAUGGCACCAGAGGUCAUCAAACAGUCUGCUUAUGACUUCAAGGCAGACAUCUGGUCCCUUGGGAUUACAGCCAUUGAACUAGCCAAGGGAGAGCCUCCAAAUUCUGACUUGCAUCCUAUGAGGGUUCUCUUCUUGAUCCCCAAAAACAACCCUCCAACACUUGAGGGUCACCACAGCAAGCCUUUCAAGGAGUUUGUGGAAGCCUGCCUCAAUAAGGAUCCUAGAUUUAGGCCAACAGCUAAAGAAUUGCUAAAGCACAAGUUCAUCACACGCUACACCAAGAAAACCUCAUUCCUAAUGGAGCUGAUCGAUCGAUUCAAGCGCUGGAAGUCCGAGGGCCAUGGAGAAGAUUCCAGUUCUGGAGAUUCUGAUAUUGAUGGAGAUGCAGAGGAUGGAGACCAGGGUCCAAUUUGGACAUUCCCACCAACCAUUCGCCCCAAUUCCUUGAGCAAGCUGCACAAAGGAAUGGCUCUUCAUGGUUCCCAGAAGCCUACUGAGCCCAUCAAGAGGCAGCCACGGUCACAGUGUCUCUCCACACUUGUUCACCCAGUUUUUGGGGAGCUCAAAGAUAAGCACAAGCAGACUGGAGGCAAUGUGGGAGCCAUGGAGGAGCUGGAGAACGCCUUCAGCUUGGCCGAGGAGUCCUGCCCAGGCAUCUCUGACAAACUGAUAGCACACAUGGUGGAGAGGGUCCAAAGGUUUUCACACAGUCGGAACCACCUGACCUCUGCCCGCUGACACUCACAUUCCCUGCUGUUGUUUGUCAGGGGGGAAGGAUUUUUUUCCAGCUUCAUAAGAACUACAUCUCUAAUCCAGACCACCAUCUGCCGUUGGAUGUGACAUUGUGAUGGACCCCAGGACAUUUCAGAGCCUUCAUGUUAGCCGUGUUUCCAUGAUAACCCAGGGUGGGGUUUGCAAUGCAAGUACAAUUUAGACCUUUUGCAGAACCCGAGAUGGGUGGUCUAAUUGUUUUUACAAUGUAAUCAAUGCAGUUUUUAAUUGUUUUCCUACAAUGGAUGUGUCCAUUUUGGCUUGGUUUGAUUCACAGCUUGUUUCUGGUAAAUACCUGGCUGCUGGAAAAAGGGAGAUUCUCUUCCAUUGAUACAUGUUUCACAGGCAAGUCUGAUGGGUUUAGUCUCCUGCCCUUCCUAAAGAAGUGUUUGUGAGCAGUCAUGUGUGAAUGCAGGGAUAUUGAGAAGCUCUCCAGGCAUUUAGGGCCUCUGGGAGAGUGAGACCAGCUCUUCAGUUGUUGUGGAGGAUCUCUUCAAGCCCUUCACACACAAGUAGCAAAGGCUUUCCAGUGCUGCAGGAGCUGAGCUGAGACACUGUUGCUCUUUCCCAGCCUGUCAUUUUAUAGGAGGAUGGAUUUGCUGAUUGUUCUUUUUUUGGCUCUGGGACAUCAUUUUGUAUUAAGCUUUAGUUCAUGUACUUCAGGCAACAGCAGAACUUGCCUUGGGUCUCCAGGGAGCAGAAGGCAAAGUGGAUUUGUUUGCUGUGGGAGCUUGUGGAGUUCCUGCCCUUGGCAUUCCUGGCAGCUGCAGCAGCUCCACAGGCAGGCUGGGCAGUGCUGGUCUGAGCUGUGCAGCCCCACAUGGGGCAGAAGGGUUAAAAAGGGGAGUGGGGGGAACACAACAGCUGCAGACAUCAGCAGAGCUUUGGUUCUCAAGGCAGAGGGACACUACAUAGCAGUUUUUGAUGCAAGAACCUGUGCUCUACAGAAAGACAUAAACUGGAUGGCUCACAGCAGUGUGGUAGGGCUGGAGA